AUGGCUGUGAUUAAGCCGACGAUCUGGAAAGCCCAGAUCAUAGAUAGGAAAGGUAUGAAAGACGUUGGAUUGUGGAUUAAGAUCACAAACUACAACAGCUUAGUUAUGACAACCCAGUCUUUAAAUAAUCAUUCAACGGCCGGAGAGCAGGGAUGGUUCCGGUCAAAAUGGGCCAAGAGUAAAGGAAGUCCAAAGCAAAAAUCAGAACAGAGGCAAAGAAAAGUUAAGAGAAUCCUUAUACUGCUGAGGAUAUCACAGUUCCUGCAUGCACAUGCGCAGGGUAGAAUUGGAAGUUUGUCUUGGAGAACUUUUAAUGAAAGGAACAUAUUUUUGAUUGUCUGGACCAUCGCAAUCGCACCUUAUCCUUUGGGGACAUGCUUUGUUGCCAUUCAAGCUGGAACAGAAGCCAAAGCUACCCUUUCUUUUUUAGAUCCAUGCGUGGGCGCAUGGUAA